AUGGUUGUCAGGAAACUGCACCAGGAACUGACACUUGUGCCAGAAGGAGCGAUGGGCCCAGGCAGGACGCUCCUCGACGAACCGACGGGUGGUCUUCAUCCCCCUCCUCAUCGCCGUCGUGGGGGACAGCGCGAGGGCGGACAUGUUUUCCUGACAUCCCUCAUCGCUAUGGAAACAGCUACUUGUCUGCCUCAGGGCUUGGCAACAUCCGUCAAUCACAAAGCUGUAACCACAGAACACCCAGGUGCACAGACGGAUCACCUGGAGGAUGUGGCUCUUUAUAUUAAGUCCGAUCUGAAAGGCAGCCAUGAUGGUUUUUCCGCUCAGCUCAACGUGCAGCCUUCACCUGAAGAAUUCGAACACAUCAUUCGUUCAAUGGCUCAGGGUCGGUACGUGACUCACGUUGACCUGCUGAAACCGGCAUCAGGCGGUUUGGGUUUUAGCGUUGUCGGGUUGUGCAGUGAGAACCGUGGAGAACUCGGCAUCUUCAUUCAGGAGAUUCAGGCCGGGAGUGUGGCGUACAGUGCUGGGAAACUAAAAGAAGGAGAUCAGAUCCUGGCCAUUAACGGUCAGCCGUUAGAUCAGAGCGUCAGUCACCAGCAGGCCAUCGCCAUCCUGCAGAGAGCGUCGGACCACGUGAUUGUCACAGUCGCCCGUGGGCCUGUACCGCAGCUCUCUAGCCCAGUGGUGUCCAGAACUCCCAGUGCCGCUAGCACGCUUUCAGCACACUCCAGUGCGAUCCACUGGACUCACGUGGAGACGAUCGAGCUGGUGAAUGAUGGAACUGGUUUGGGUUUCGGGAUCGUUGGUGGCAAAACCACUGGAGUCAUUGUCAAAACCAUCUUACCUGGAGGCAUUGCAGACCAGGACGGUCGCUUGCGCAGCGGGGAUCACAUCCUACGGAUCGGUGAUACAGAUCUGUACGGUCUGAGCAGCGAGCAGGUCGCUCAGGUCCUGAAACAGUGCGGUAACCGAGUCCGACUGAUCAUAAGCCGUGCGACUGUGGACGACACUCAGCCUGUUCCUGUCACCUUGCCAACCGUCACUGAGCAACCGGGACCGGAGGAGGAGUCGGAAGCUGCUUUUGACGUGAGUCUGACGAAAAAUGCCCAGGGACUGGGCAUCACCAUCGCUGGCUAUGUGGGGGACAAAACCUCAGAGCCCUCUGGAAUAUUUGUGAAAAGCAUUUCGAGGGACAGCACCGUGGAGCAAGACGGGAGGAUUCAUGUCGGAGAUCAAAUCAUAGCUGUGGAUGGUGUGAAUAUCCAGGGGUACAGCAACCAGCAGGCCGUUGAAGUGCUGAGACACACCGGUCAGACCGUCCACCUGAAACUGGUCCGACGUGGUUUUGAUCCGGAGAAUGCGUGCCUGCCAAUCCUGCCUGCCGUCAUCAAGGACAAACCGGCAUCUGGCGCUAUCGGAAUUUCACCUAUGGAACACACAAAAACGACGACACAUGAAAAUGAAAGAUCUUGUCUAACUCCGGCUGAGAACUCCAAACCCACGCCUCCUGUCACAGCCUUGCCAGUCAGAACUCCAGAAAGACAAGAUGGUCCUGUAGGAAUGAAGCUGAGCUCUGAGGAGGAACACAAACUCUUUCAGAAGUGGCAGGAGCGGGGUAUCUGCGAUGAUGUCAUUGUGGCUCACGUGCAGAAGUUCAGUGAAAACAGUGGGUUGGGCAUCAGUCUGGAUGCGUGCGCUGGACGUCACUUCCUGUGCUCGGUGCUUCCAGAGGGACCUAUCGGUCGAUCCGGAAAAAUCUGCAGUGGAGACGAACUUCUGGAGGUGAAUGGCAUUCCUCUCAGAGGAGAGACUCAUAAAGAGGUUGUCGAAAUUCUUAAGGAACUCCCUAUUUGCGUGACCGUGGUCUGCUGUAGACCCGCCCCUCCGAUGACUGACACCCAGAACGACCAACCACAAGCAGAGGAAGUGGCAACAAAACCCGCACUUCAGAUGCAAGAUGAUCUUGAAGACUUCCUGAUUUCUGGGAAAUGUGAGGAGAGCAUGAGAGAACAUGUGACCGAAGAACCCACUGGAACACCACUGGCCAUGUGGGAAACCGAGAUUCAGGACAUCCAGCUGGAGAAAGGAGAGAGUGGGCUAGGCUUUAGCAUCCUCGACUACCAGGACCCGAUGGACCCGGCUAAGACGGUCAUUGUGAUUCGCUCGUUAGUUCCUGAUGGCGUAGCAGAACAAGAUGGACGCCUGUUGCCAGGAGACCGCCUCAUGUAUGUCAACAACAUCCACCUGGAGAACGCCAGUCUGGAGGAGGCUGUGCAGGCACUGAAGGGAGCAAACAUGGGCGCUGUUCACAUCGGGGUGGCCAAACCGCUGCCUAUGGACUCUAUUGAACUGUCUGAUGAUAAAGCAUUCGAGCAUAAUUUUGUGGAGGAUGAGGCUGACACGCUGCAGGCGUCAAUGAUCACACAACACGGCAGUAUCUGCAGCGCUGAUGUGAGCUAUCAGAUGAGCCGACAAGCCUCCACUCCUAAGAGGAGCCUUCAUCAGGAUUCAUACAUGGAUUAUCCCUUCAGAUCCGGAGCGAUGGACAACACAGACCCUUUCACCCCUGAGAGGAGUGCCGUGGCCUGGAUAUCUGAGGGAGGGGCUUUUAGGCUUGGACCCACCCAUUCUGAUUUGUUAUGUGAACGGGGCCUAGAAGGGGUGGAGCAGUUGACAUCAGAGGCAGAGUUAUGCAAAGAUAGCUCCACCCCUGCUGAUAAAGAUGCAGAUGAGCAGUUAUUUUACACCGGGGUUGACCAUAUGAUGGGUGGAGAGGGUGUGGUUAAGAGCGGUAUCCACGGAGACCAAGACUUACAGAAGGAGGAAGAUUUCCUUUCAUCUGAGCCCACAGACGAGCCCCGGCAACUGAACGUCACCACCGGGAGCAGUUACUAUAGGACCAUCACAGUCAUCAAGGGCACAUCAAGUCUAGGUAUGACAGUGUGCGCAUUUAAGGAUGGAGCGGGCAUGCUGAUUCGCAGCAUCAUUAACGGCGGCUCCAUCAGUCGAGACGGGCGGCUCGGGGUCGGUGACCUCAUCCUGGCCAUUAAUGGAGAACCGACCGGACAGCUGACCAAUGCCCAAGCUCGAGCCAUGCUCCGCAAACACUCUCUGAUUGCACCGGACAUGGGAAUCACGUAUGUCCCUGCAGAGUACAUUGAGGAAUACAGGACAUGCCAGCAGGUCAAGAAUGACAUUCUGUCUGAAGACACGAGCAACACUCGACAUCAGACAGUCUCAGAGCUUCCAGAGAGAGAAGAUGGAGAGGGAGAAGAAAGUGAACUACAGAUGGCAGCUCCCAAAAGCUGGAACCUGCCGCGAAGAGUGGAGUUGUAUAGGGAGGCGGGGAAAUCUCUGGGUAUCAGCAUCGUUGGUGGAAGAGGCAUGGGCAGUCGCCUUAGCAACGGCGAAGUGAUGCGGGGCAUUUUUUUUAAACACAUCCUGGAGGACAGUCCUGCAGGACACAGCGGCACGCUGAAGACCGGAGACAGGAUUCUUGAGGUGGGUGGAGUGGAUCUGCGUGAUGCUAGUCAUGAGCAGGCGGUGGAGGCCAUCCGUAAUGCCGGAAAUCCUGUAGUGUUCCUGGUCCAGAGCAUCAUUCACAAACCCAAAGCAUGUGUGAUGGAUACAGAGGAGGAUGCUUCAGAGUCCAGCGGUGAGAAGGCAGUUGAUAUUCACAGUAGACUUUUCCUCCGUUUGUGUCCGACUAAUCCCUUUAGCCCUACACCGUUUAAGCUGAAUCGUGAGGCCGGAAAAACUUCACCUGUCCUCUCGUUGCCCGUUGUUCCACACGUCGGGGAGACCGACACAGAUGCUCUGACUGAGAUUCUUGACCGGACCACUCUUCAUCCUGAUGCUUCUGAUGAGGAGGAUGAGUACGGUUACAGCUGGAAGCUGGAAAAGGGAGAACGGUCUGGGUUUGAGUUUGGCGGGGAACGGGACGCUCGCAGGACGUGUUUGUGGUGGGGCAUCGAUCCAGCGGCGCCGCCGGUCGAGAGAACGCACCUUGUGUGGGACGAACUGCUGGAGAUAAACGCUCAGGUGCUAUACGGCCGCAGCCAUCAAAACGCCUCUGACAUCAUCAAAAGAACCCCCUCAAAGGUCAAGAUCAUCUUCAUCCGGAACAGAGAUGCUUUGAGUCAGAUGGCUGUGGGGCCCAUGAAGGAGUUGGAUAUAAACACCGAGGAGGAUGGAGAGGUGGGUGUUGUCCUGAAGGAGAACGACAGCAGAAAUGGAUGGAUCAUUCAGAAUGAAGACGAUAAUGGACCACCAGCAAGGCCCUCGUCAUCCAAUCAGAUGUCCUCAGGACCAAGUCCAAGAAUCACCCCCAGCCCGACUCUUGCAUCUUUAUCAUCCGAGACCGAGCCAAUCAGGACUUCCAGCAGAUGUUCCACACCGGCGACCUUGGCCUCUGAUCCGGUGACGUGUCCCAUAAUCCCCGGCUGUGAGACCACUAUAGAGAUCUGUAAGGGCAUGACAGGAAUGGGGCUCAGCAUUGUGGGCGGCUGUGACACUUUACUGGGGGUGAUAAUAAUCCAUGAGGUGUACGAGGAGGGCGCUGCGUCUAAAGACGGUCGACUUUGGGCAGGAGAUCAGAUCCUGGAGGUUAACGGUAUAGACUUGCGUGUGGCGACCCACGAUGAGGCCAUCAACGUUCUGCGGCAGACCCCACAGUAUGUUCAGCUGAGCAUCUUCAGAGAUGAAGGCCAGUAUAAAGAGGAGGAACUGUGGGAUACGCUGACUGUUGAGUUUCAGAAGAAACCCGGCCACAGUCUCGGCCUCAGCAUCGUCGGCAGACGGAAUGACACGGGAGUCUUUGUAUCCGACAUCGUGAAGGGCGGAGUCGUGGAGAGUGACGGACAUCUCAUGCAGGGAGAUCAGAUCCUGUCCGUUAACAGAGAAGAUGUCCGCUGUGCCACGCAAGAGUAUGUAGCUGCGCUCCUCAAGAGUUGUUCUGGACCAAUCAGAAUGGAGGUGGGUCGUUUUAAGGCGGGACCGAUCCACUCCGAGCGGCGUCUGUCUCACAGCAGUCAGGUCAGUGAGACGGGCAGCUGUGCAGCUUUACAGGGAGACACACAGGAAACUCAUGAACCGAUGGACCAAGAAGUCAGGACAGUCGAAUUUACAAAGGGCCCGUCUGAUUCUCUGGGCAUCAGUAUAGCUGGAGGAGUGGGCAGUCCUCUAGGGAACGUGCCCAUCUUCCUCGCCCUGAUGAACCCCAGCGGCCUGGCAGCACAGACACAGAAACUUCAGGUUGGGGACAGAAUGGUGGGCAUCUGUGGAAACAGUACAGAGGGAAUGACUCACAAUCAAGCCGUUUCACUCCUGAAGAACACAACAGGCCUCAUACAGCUACAGGUUGUCUCUGGCGAUGCGUCAGUGACGGGUCCUUCACCGGAGCAGACGGCAGGACUUACAGCCAGCAGCAUCUUCCAUGAUGACCUCGGCCCUCCGCAGUGUAAGAACAUCAGUUUGGAGAGAGGACCCGACGGCUUGGGCUUCAGUAUUGUCGGUGGUUUCGGCAGCCCGCACGGUGACUUGCCGAUCUACGUGAAAACGGUUUUCAGCAAGGGGGCAGCGUCAGAGGACGGGCGGCUCAAGCGUGGAGAUCAGAUCGUCGCUGUCAACGGUCAGAGUUUAGAGGGCGUCACACACGAGGAGGCUGUCGGCAUUCUGAAGAAAACCAAAGGAACCGUCACGCUCACCGUUCUGUCAUAAACACACAUUCUAAUGCUUCUGAUAGAGGACUUUAACACUGGAUUACAUGUGAAUAGGGCUGUCACGAUUAUUAAAUAAUCGUUUCAUGGCGAUUGUUUGACCUGGUUUCAGAUCAUCGCAAUUAUUGCACAUCUCUAUAGAAGACACAAGGGGGAGCUGUAGUGCCUGCAAAUUGCUCAUUUUAGUGUAUUGAUUGUAACUAAAGUAUGGUAAUACUGGUAAAAUGUCACUUAAAAAAAAACUCUAAAGCAAAUACCAUAAAAUAUCCUGCAGUACAAUUGAAUAUUAUUCAAGCCAUUCUCAGUGUGAAAACCAGCCUACCAAAAUUUCAUCAACGGAAGUAAAAUUUUAUUGUAAUCUUGUAAUCAAGUGAUAAAAAACGGACUACAAGCGUUUCUUUGUCUGAUUUUAAUGGUGGCUUCAAUUCACAAGUAUUUGGUGCUUGUAUUAUUAACAAGUAAAGCCUUGAAUAUUUGAUGACCCCAUUUUUUCCAUUGUAUUUCCCAAAAAAACAGUCUUUUAUUCAGAACAAUAUGGUCGUUUCAAAGCCAAAUCAAAAAAUGUAUGAGAAUUAAAUGUCAAAAGCCCUAAAACAGACAAUUAAUCGUCAUAAUCGUCAAAGCUCCAAAAACAGACAAUCGUCAUAAUCGCAAUCAUUUAUUGCCAAUUAAUCGUCAGCCAAAUUUCAUAAUCGUGACAGCCCUACAUGUGAAUGUGUCUCAUAAGUUAUGAAGACUUGCAGUAAGCGUACAAACUGCACCAAACAGUCACGAGAUCUCAACACUUCAUUGAGAUUGGUUAGCAAUAACUAUAGGACAUGUAAAAAAAAAAACAAUGUCAAAAAUAGCAAAGCUUUAUCUUGAUUUCAAACCGCACACAUGAGAUUAGGGAGGUCGAUGGACUUUGUCAACUAGUGUUGCUUCACUCUCGUGCUUUUUUCAGUAUUAUUUUUAGGGCUUAACUGCCUUGUGUUGGAAGACAGUCAUACGGGUUUAGAAUGACACGGACAUGGACUUUGGGGUGAAUUAUUCAAUUUACGAAUUCUUAUUCUGAAGACUGUAUCUGAUUUGACUCAAAAUAUUUUAGUAGGUUUCUUAAAAUGGCCAUUUUAUGUGGAAAAACUGAUUGAAAUGGAAAUGAAGGUUACAAUUGUAAGAUUUAUAAUGUGCUGACAUCUAUGAAAAUUAUGUUGAAGAUUAUGAUCCUUAAACACUUUAGUGCAUUUCAAUACAUUUUAUGGAGUUUGCCUUAGUGGAAUAUAUAAACGCUUAGUAUUCAUGCUGUUUUGUCAAACAUGUUACUGCACAUUUCUGAUAAAGUAUUCACUACAAAUAAAAGACAAAGUGACCUUAAGAAUGUUCUCUAAUGGCUUUAUUGACUCAAAUGUUUUUACUGUACAGGCCCAAUUACACAAACAGACGAUACCAUUAUAUAUCUUAAGAUUGUGCCCUGCAGCAUUUAAAUGCAUUGAUUCAAAUGGAUUUUGAUUGGUUGUCAUUGUUAUUGAGGACGGGUUACACUUUUUCAGCCGAUGAACAGUAAAACAUUGUUCUUCUGCAUCAUUAUAACUGUGGUGUUACUUGUGUGCUAAUGUCUUCAAUUUUGAUUGAUUUUUACAAAUGUAGCAUUAUAGUUAUUAUUAUUUUGAAUGGGCCUAAACUAGCAAAAAACUAAACUAAACACAAAAAUGAUCUAAAGAUAUUAUUUUAUAAAAAAAAGACAUCUUUGAAGAAAUCGCACAAUGGUUUUAAAAUAGUAAAGUUGAACAAAAAAUAAAGUAACAAUCAAAACUAUUACGGGAUGUCCCACUCAGACUGCAAUCAUUCGUCAAGAUCUCUUCCCUUUAAAAGAUUUGUACCAUCAAACACAAUCACAGAAAAAACAUUAACUUGACCGAUACAAUCAGCUGUGUAACAAGGUUAAUUUAUAGCGGGACUGGAUGAAAUAAAUACAUUUAAAGGUGUCAUGAAUUAAGAUAUAGUCUGAAUAGUCUAUAUGGUUUAAUAGAAAGUCUCUGUGUCUCAGCCAUCACAUGUUGCUCAGAACAUCAUAAAUGAAUAAAAAAAAAACGUUUCCUGAAAAUCAGAAAGUUCAAUGUUUUUGCCCUUACAGAUCCUAUAAACCCGUUUAUCUCAAUUAUUCAAAACGCAUACAGAACAAGUUUUAAUAGCAGUUGUAUGGAGUUUAAAUGGACCCUAAACUCACGCGCAAGGAAUCCGCGCGCGCACGUGCUAUGCAAACGCGCAUAAUGAUAACCACGCGCGGAAAGCUGCUCCGCGAGGGCGCAUUUAAACUCCGCGAGCGAGCAGAACAGUAUCCGCAAGCGGAAAAGAAUCCUCGCGCGGGCACAUUUCUGCUCCGCGAGCAAAAACUCAGU